AUGGAUCACAAGACUGUAAUAAUACUUUGUGCGAUACUAACCAUUGUAAAUUGCAAAAGUGUGAUAGUUGGACAAAUAUAUGAUCACAACGGAAUUGUUAGAAAGGUGCACGAGCAAAUUGUAGAAUCGUCCAGCAUUCCGUUCAUAAAGAGAGAGCAAGAAGUGUAUUUCGAGUAUCCAGUAGGUGAUCAAAGGAUAAAAGGGAUUGCGAUAAAAGAUUUGGAAAAUGGUCUCGCUGAACCAUCUAUAACCAGAGGUGGUUUGGGAUUCAAUUUUGUCAACAUAAAAUUGAAAAGCGAACGAGGAUCUGGAUACAAGUUUUUAAUUGAAAUUUACGCUUGA